AUGCCAGCUUCUUCCAAAAAGGCCGUCAAAACGAAGACCGAUAAUUGCAGAGAUCGGAAGCGCGCAGCGUCGCUGAAGAAUUGGGUGGCCAAACUGUGGGUGAAACAGUUCUUGAAAGAAGACGCACAGAAGCACAUCCAGAAAUUUCACAACGCGUGUGCAACCCUUCGACGUGAGAAGGCGGACCUUUCCAAGCAGGUCAAGACCCGGCGCAAGGAGUUGUUUGUCAUGCGUCGCGACAAGUUCGCGGCCGAGCGCGCGGCCGAGAACAACCGCAAGGCCUACGAGAGGGCCAAGACGGGAAAGGACAAGCUGGGCGGCGCGGUGGAGGAAGCAGCGCGCCUCAGGCAACAGCUGCGCAAGGCCAGAGCCGCGGGCAAAGCGGAGGGCGCGGCCGCGGCCAAGAGGGAGGCGGCGAAGGAACACAACAGCCUGCAGAACGCACUCUGGGAGAAGAAGGCCAAGUACAACAACCUCCUCUCGGAGAAGUGCCGCUUCCUCGCGCUGGCCACCGCCGCGCAGAGGGAGAACUACUUCGAGCUGGCCAAGAAGCCCAAGACUCGGAGGAGCAUCCGUGACGGAUGCUUCGGCAGCCAAUAGGCUGGUUGCCGGUGCUAACGACGAAUUCAAUUGCCACGCCUGCUCGCAAAAAAAGGAA